AAAAGGAAGAAAAAAAAAAAAAAGAAGAGAGAGAUGAGCUGGGCGGGAGGGUUUCUGGUGCACCACAUAACUGGCCCCCUUCCAAUUAAAGAAGAGAGCUUAUGUUAUUGAAGAGCAGCUUAGCCAAUCAGGAGACAGUGCAGGCAAAGACAGGAGGAAAAAAAAAAGCAGCAGAGCGAGUGGGCAAGAGGAAGAGAAAAAAAAACUGCAGUGUUGUCUCUGAGCCUGUGGAGAAGGGGAAGAGCUCGGCGUCCAGGAGAGAGCAACCUGCAUAAGGGGGUUUCUGACUGACAACAUUCCCACUGUGAUUACCUCCUGCCACUUUUCAAGAUUCAAGAUUCUGGCUGGACUGUGCGUGCAGCCUAAAUGACGAAGUUUAACUUGUUCAGGCAUCAGACAACGCCCAUGGUCGCUGCUAAGCCAACAGGGGCCAGUGCCUUGACUAUGACUCCAGCCCCUGUCGCAUUAGUCUCUAAUGACAAUGCCACCGAACCAGUCAACAAGAACGAUGCAUUCGACGAGAUAAAGAACAAGUUCCUGAAUGAAAUCGACAAGAUCCCACUGCCAUCCUGGGCCAUCAUUGCCAUUGCCGUGGUCGCUGCUUUACUCAUUCUAACGUGCUGCUUCUGCAUCAUCAAGAAAUGCUGUUGCAAGAAGAAGAAGAACAAGAAGGGCAAGAAGGGGAAGGGUGACAUGGGCAUGAAGAACCUGAAAGGCGGAGAGAAACAACAGGAUGACGAUGAUGAAGAAGAUGAUGUCGAGCCUGGACUGACUGGGGACGAGAAAGAGGAAGAAGUGAAGGAGAAAGAAAAGCUUGGGAAGCUGCAGUACUCCAUUGAUUACGACUUCCAGGAGAACAAGCUGACUGUGGGAAUCCUGCAAGCUGCUGAUCUCCUCUCCAUGGACAGCGGUGGCACCUCUGACCCCUACGUCAAGGUCUUUGUCCUCCCUGACAAGAAGAAGAAGUUCGACACAAAGGUUCACAAGAAAACGCUCAAUCCUGUCUUCAACGAGACCUUCACCUUCAAGAUUCCAUUCGCAGAGAUGGGAGGGAAGACUCUGGUAAUGUCAGUCUAUGACUUUGAUCGCUUCUCUAAACAUGAUAUCAUUGGAGAGAUUAAAAUACCCAUGAACACCCUUGACCUGGCUAAGCCAAUUGAGGAGUGGAAAGACCUGGACAGCGCAGACCAAGAAGAGCCGGAGAAGCUUGGUGACAUUUGCAUCUCCCUGCGUUACGUCCCCACUGCUGGAAAACUCACCAUCUGCAUUCUGGAGGCUAAGAACCUGAAGAAGAUGGACGUGGGUGGACUUUCAGAUCCCUAUGUGAAAAUUAACCUGCUGCAGAAUGGAAAGAGGCUGAAGAAGAAGAAAACGACAGUGAAGAAGAACACUUUGAAUCCGUACUACAAUGAGUCCUUCAGCUUUGAGAUUCCUCUUGAGCAAAUGCAGAAAAUCCAAGCUGUGAUCACAGUGCUGGAUUAUGACAAGAUUGGAAAGAACGAUGCCAUUGGGAAGAUCUGGGUGGGAAGCAAGUCCACAGGGGCCGGGCUGAAACACUGGUCCGACAUGCUGGCCAACCCCCGUCGUCCCAUCGCCCAGUGGCAUCCACUGCAGCCAGAGGAGGAGGUGGAUGCCUCCCUCGCAGCCCUGAAUGCCAAGAAGUAAACUCCCACCAGACCACAUCGCCCCCCACCUGCACCUGUCUACCCAUGUAUUUCCCAUCAGGCCCCACAUAUCAGUGUAUAUUCCAGAAGAACACCCCGACUGUGCAUCCACUCCACCCCCUUACCUCUCCCACUGCCAACUUUCAAAAGAUCCAUAAAUACCAUUCAACAUGAUGGGAAAUAUAGUUUAAAAAUCAUCAUGUUAUAUUAAAUCAUGUCAUUGAGAAAAUAAGACAAGUUACAGGAUGGACAGAGACUCCGUUGAUUUCCUUUAGAUCUAUUUUUGUAUUGGGGUUGUGGUUCCAUUAAUAAGAAUACAGAGUAGACUAUGAAGAACAGUAAGCGUGCUAUAUGGGAAUCUGUUGAUAGAGGGGAUAAAACAUACAUUCACUCAUGUUGUACUUCUCACCCCUUCCCUUUAGUGACACAGUUUGCUUAGAAUAGUGCUUAAUAAUAAAAUGCUUUAUACUGCCAUAAGAUAGAGAAAUAACACAAGCAGGUUCAUUCCUUAGGUGUAUUGUGCACCAUGUUCCACACCUGCCAGUUAUCAUACUAGAAGAUUCUGUUAGUUUGAAGUACAUUCCUAGAGUUGGGUAGCGAGUAGGGAUAGGCACAUAUCCGGUUACCCACAAACACACUGCCGUUUUGAUUAGUUGACCUUCCACCCUUCGUCUCAGGAAAACUGAGAGGAAACUGAAACUCCAUGCCUUUUUUUCUAAACGGGUUGUUAUUAUUCUAAUACUCCACUUGAUGAGAAAGAAAUGUUGGAUUCAAAAGCUUGACCACUUGUUUGUUUUUUUUGGUGAUGUAAGGCUCGCGACUAGUGCUAGUUUAUCCAUGAAAUGGUACGUCAGGGGAGAGGGAGGAAGUGAUGGAUUUUAAGUAAAAAAAAAAAAAAAAAAGGGAGGGGGGGUAUUUGUGUAUUUUUGACUGUGCAAAAAGGCUGCGUCUGUCAUCCGAACAACAAAAAUGCGAGGAAAUAUCAGAGCGGGGUACAACAGAGACUGAUUCCAACCACCAAUGACAUGAUAUUUACAAAGUGUCGAUUACUGCCUGCAGUCUACCACCUCCCCUCCUAACGCCUCUGAUUCUGUAUCUCACUUGUUCAGUGCUACUGCCAUUAGUCAUGGACUUGACACAGGGGUUUUACUUCAAAGGAAUCCCUAUAACCGUCUUACAGUCAUAAAGGAGACAAGCCUUCCAAGUAACAAAAUAAGCAAUUUUCAACUACCAGGGACGCCUUCCAGUUAGCGGUGUUGUUCUCUUCAUUUCUUUCUUUCUUUCUUCUCUUUUCUUCUUCUCUUCCUUCUCCUUUUAUUUAUCCAGUUAUAUUUUACUUAAAACACUUUUAUUCCUCAAGCACUUUAAAUCCAAAUGUUAUGUUUAAGUACCCUCAGAAACCAGAGCUUUAAUUAUUUAUGUUAAGAAUAGCUGGUUUAAAAAAAAAAAAAGAGCAAGGGAGUGCAUUAUAUUAGGUUUUCUUUUGCCUUUUUGUGUAAGUUUUUAGAUUGUUUGGACAUUACGUUUCUCACUUGAUUGCAAGGAUAUGGUCUGGAAGAAGGCACUGAUCCAUGUGUAUUUUAUACACAGCUUACCAAACUGUUGAAUUUAAUUGCACUACUGGGUAUUAUUCUGUUCUGUGGUCUGUGUAUUUUUUAUUUUUUAUUUUUUUAUUUUUAUUUUUUUGUGAUAAAAUGUUGUGAGAUUGAAUUUUUCUGUGGCACAUGUGGCACACCAGACAGGUCUCCUCAUAUAAAUGAACUCCUCUGAUAGGAAAAGAGACACAGUUCAACUUAAUGUUGCUCCCUGGCUCCUUCACAGAAUGUAAUCAGUUCACGCUUCAGUGUAUUUGUGAAUUAAUAUUCUGUCGGAGAGAAAAUUUCAGGAUGAACUUUUAUCUUUUGACAAAAUCCAAACUCAUCAGGCCUUGAAUAAAUUGGUGAAAUAUUAAUUGUUGAUUAAUAUGUUGAUAUUAGCCAGGUGCCUCGACUCCAGAAUACCUGGUUGUAAGUCUAGUUAAUUCAAAUCUGCGCUGUGUGAGCACCAGCAGCAAAAACUACCUGUUGACUGUGUGCAAAAAAAAAGAAGAAAGAAAUGCAGUCAACAUUUUAAACAGGAUGACAAUUUAUUUCUUUAUUUUGGAAUUUAAUGAAUGCUGGCUCUUGUAUUUUUCUCUCUGUUGGAAAUUGUAACUCUUUAUGUUUUUAUAACCAACCUAGACCAUGCUCACAUUGUUUUUCACCUCACAUCACCAUUUUUCUUUUUUUGAUGAAGCAACACUAAAGAAAAGGCAACAUGGAAGCAAUCGAGCAACCCAUUGGUGUGUAGUUUUGCCUAUAUACAUAGUUCAUACAUGUUGAUACUGCAUGUUUAUACAAAAUACUGUACAUAAGAGCAUGUUUUAGAGACGAAGCAAAAAUAUCUCGUGUACGUAAAUGGGUGUCAUUUGUCAUUUUAAUAACACAAUGAAGGGAGAAAAAAAAAAGAUGCACUGUAUAUUUUCUAAAUGAAACAAAUGCGUAUUUAUUUUCCAUGAGGGUCAUUGGAGAGAAUGUCAUACAAAUAUUACAGUACUAUUACUAAUAAGAACCUUUCCACGCCUGAAAAAUUCUUAAGCAAGUGUGUCGUCCAGUACUGUGUGUGAGUUCAUGUAGGAUGAAAAUGUAGCCGCAUGCUUGCUAUCUAACUCCUUGUGGUCAAAAUUUUUAUUUGUUGCCAUUUAUCUGCCAUACAUUUGUUUCAGCACUUAUCUGAAGGCCAAUGUUUGACUUAAUUCAGAAUUUUAUUGCCAUUUGUUUCUUUUUAUAUAUAUAUAUCUAUAUAUAUACAUAUAAAAAUAUAUAUAGAUAGAUAUAUAGAUAUAUGAUUUUGAUUUUAAUGUUUGGAAUGGGGAUGGGGUCUCCAAGUCUAUAAGAUGACUAUUUUCUAACAGCAGAUUUUGGCACAGUGUUUUUCUGAAAUAACUUUGAAGAUUGAAUAAUUCUGCAAUCUGUAGGUGGGAGUGGGAGCCAUUAUUAGUGCCAGUACUGACCCAGAAUAAAGUCUGUCGGAUCAUAUCUUUACACAAAAUCCAUUUCCAGGGGCCAAAAGAAGAAUAAUCCCAUUCCAGUGAACACAAAUGACUUGGAAUCCCUUCUCUCUUUCUUCACUUGGAAGUUUUUAUUUUUCACUUCUAUUUAAAUGACCUGAAACCCUUCACGGCUGUGUCUCUUUUACUGUGUUUAUUAUACAAUUACGUGUACGUGUAAAGAAGAUAAAUGAAUAAGAUAAAACUAAAGCCAUAAAACUCAAGCACUAACUCUUUAGAGCUCAGCUGAGUAGCUAGAGUUUAUUUAUGAAGAAAAAAAAAAAUCUGACGUCUUCAUUUUCCUUGGCCAGUGUUUCUCUUUUACAUUCCGUUCAGAGGUCUUUGUUCAUCAAGAGGGCAAAAUCCAUUUAACUGUAUAUGUGAGCAUUGAGAACAGUUGUGAGUUUAGUAGAGUGAGUGUGUCUUUUUCUACUUUCAGAGCUGUUGAUGUCCUUGUUCAAUAGAGGUUGUUGAUUUUACAGUAUUGUGGUUAGUAACGUAUAUGCCUUGUUUUGAUAGUAUAAAUAAUAGAUAUAAUAUCACAAUAAGUUCUCACUAAUACUGCUAAAAUUAUAUAUUGAUAUAUAUAUAUAGAUAUAUAUAUGAGAGUGUGUUCUAUUCUUGGGCUGAGUGCAAUUUAUGAACCAAACCGGGUCUCUCUUCAAGUUUCUCUUCUUCCAGUUUUAGCAGGAGCAUGUACUAGUAACUACAUGUACAAUCAAUAACACACUGCUGGCAACCUAAAGCUAAAAUUGAUGGUUUUUGUUGGUUCCUUUGGAAAACUUCUGAAGCAGCAAAACAGAAUAGUUACAGCUCCAACAAUAUUAAAGCGACAAGAGAGAAACUUAAAACAGUGGCACCCAAGUUUUAGGUCUGAAUCCCUCCCAUAGAACUAUGCAUAAAGUUAUGAUUUUCACAAGGACAUGACAAAAAAGUAUUUAAGAAUAUAGUAAUACAUAUUAUGUCAUGCACAUGAUAUGAAAUUAUAAGGAAUAGUUCAAAAUUUUGAGAAAUUUGCUCCCUUGCAAAGAGUUAGAUGAGAAGAUCAAUACCACUCUCGUACGGUAAAUAUGUAGCUGGAGCCAGGAGACAAUUAGCUUAGCUUAGCAUUGGACUGGAACACUGGAACAAGGGAGAAACAAGGGGAAACAGCUAGCUUGCCUCUGUCCAAAAAUCCAACUAUCAGCAUCUAUAGAGCUCAAACCAGUCUCCGAUGGUUGCCUUGUAACCUCACAGUGACAAAAAGACUCCAGGAAGUCAUUGCUUUCAGAUGGAAAUAAUCCCCUUUACAACUGCAGCUUGUCAUUCUUACAUUUUAGAUUGUUUACCGAUUAACCAAAUGAGAUUUAACGUGUUAAUUAAUGAGCUUUAGAGGUGCUGGUAGGCAGAUUUUUUCACUUCUACGGAGCCAGACUAGCUGUUUCAUCCUCUUUCUAAUCUAUGUGCAAAGCUAAACUCACUGUGUCCUGGCCCUAGCUUCAUACUUACAUGACUGAUAAGUGAUGUCAGUCUUCUAACUCAGCAAGAAAGUCAAUUAGCGCAUUUCCCAACUUUUCAAACUAUAUAUUUGAGUUCACCUCAGUCUCUGAAUUUUCUCUGAAAUAAACAUGAAACUGCCAUCUACCUGUCCCGGCAACAACAUUCAAUGUGUUGUUGUGUGAUGCCGCACAUUAUCUAAUGCAAUAUUAUAUUUCUUCAGCGUCCCAUUAAUGCUACUGACUGUGACCAAAUGAUGCACUGACAGUAAUUCAAAUACAAGAUUUCAGUGCGUUUCAAAAAUACUGCCAGUACCUGAUUACAGUUGCCUGCAUUACUCACCACUGUUUGACUCCAUGCAAACAGAACACAUCAAAUGAUGAGGCAAAUGUGGUUACAGGUAAAUUUAUAGCACACUUAAGAGAUUUAUUUUUUGUUUUUCUUUCUUUUCACUGCUCGACUCACCACAGUCACGUGACCACCGGACAUCUAAGUUCUAUGGGGGAGCUUAAAUCAAUGAAGUGUAGGCCCUUUAGCAGAGAUGGUGCAAAAACAAAGCACUGGGAUAUAGAAUUACAAUAUACAGUACAGGUCUGCAUGCACCGGACACAUGACUCAUUCUUAAAUGUACAUCUUUGUGUGUAUGACUGUAAUAUUCAAACAAUCUUAGUUAUGUUUUAAAUAUGGGGGGGUUAAUCUGUUCUGUUGAUAGCUGUGUAGAUGUCCAAUACCUUAUGCACAAUUGCAUCUAAAACUGUGCUGCUCCAGCUGUGCAGAGACAGUUUUAGAGCACCGUUCACACAGCUUGUUGUGUUUUAUUUUUUUCUUUCUUGUUUGUUUGUUUUAAAAAAACAAACGCUGGGAUUUAAAAAGGGAAAACAUCCAAAGUUCAGUAAGAUCAUUUGCCACCUUGUCAAAAUGUGUUGAGAAGCCUCUCAGCAGGUAAAGACACCACUUUGAAACAUGUUGUCUUGUCUCCUCUAUUACUCGCUGUAUUUCUUCUUUGUAUUCUUGUACAUAUGUGCAAUCACUCCUUCUGUCUUUUUUGUUUUCGUGAUGUAUACUUCUAUUGUACAAUGUAGGACUGUAUUUGAAUCAAUGCCAGAAACAUGUCGCCAUACUCUCUCUUGCUUUUUGUUUGUGUCCUUGUCCUGUUUAUAUGUUACCAGAUAUGUACCAUCAGUAUCAUUAUGCUGAAUAGGAAGCAGGCUCAUUGAGUUCUCCACUGAAUCUGCUUUUGCUGAGCAUAAAGAAUGCCGGCCUUCAUGUUUACAACAUGGACAUACUGUAUACUGCCAAACAUGCAGGACCGUACCAAACUCCCCUCUUGAGCGCUUAGUCCUCCACCUUGGUGCAACUGUAUUCUGAAGACUCUUUUUAUUUUUCCACCUCUUUCUCUUCUUCAUCAUCUUUUAAAGCAUCGGAGGACAGCCAGGUUGUGUCCUCUAGCUGUGUUUCUUCGUGUCUAGUGUCGUGGUGCGCGUGUUCAUGUCAGUACUUGUGCCUACUGUGGAUCGCAUGCUUUAGCCCUUGACUGGACACAAACGUUGCUCACAAACUCCUCUUGACCCUUAUGUGGACAAACGUUGGGGAUCCUUAUAAAGUUAUCAAGGGAACCAAAUAACUUAUUACAAAUUUAUCAUAUGUGUUACCAGUUCUGUAAAAAACAAAUAGGAAAUAAAGGCCUUUUAAUUACCAUGA